UCCGCCCGGGUCACGUGACCACACCGCUGGUUCUGCUGCUCUGCCGUUCCGGAAUCUGUGCCGCGGCCGCUGCGCUUGUUAUGAUAGGAAAAUACGAGGGUUCGCGUUGACCGAUACACGGCAGGCGGGGAGGAGAAGGGAGCGCGCGACUCUCAGUUGGAACCUGCGGAUGCCAGACUCCGGGUCUUCCCUGCAUUAGGCUCUACGAGGCCGGGAUCGACGACGGCUGGCCGCCCCGCAAAACCUUCCGACCCACCAUGAUGGCGUCCAGUGACGUGGACGUCAGAACCGAUGACCAGAACCCGUCAGAACUGGACGCUCUGUGUCCGUCUCCUCCCGGGCCGACCCGACCCCAGCGCAACUAUGAGCGGAUCGGAGGACGAACAGGAACCUCCUUUUUUCAGACUUUGAUCCACCUGCUGAAGGGGAACAUCGGAACCGGCCUGCUGGGCCUCCCUCUGGCUGUCAAGAACGCAGGACUGGUGCUCGGCCCCGUCAGCCUCCUGAUCAUGGGCGUCAUCGCCGUCCACUGCAUGCGGCUCCUGGUGCAAUGCUCCCACUACCUCAGCGCCAAGAUGAACAGGCCGUCCAUGACCUACGGCGAGGUGAUGCAGUACGGCAUGGAGAACGUCCCGUGGCUCAGGAGGCACUCGCACUGGGGCAGGAGGACGGUGAACACCUUCCUCAUCAUCACUCAGCUGGGCUUCUGCUGCGUCUACUUCGUCUUCCUCAGUGACAACGUCAAGCAGGUGGUGGAAGCAGCCAACGCCACCACCGGGAACUGCCACGCCAACUACUCCAACCAGACGGCGGUCCUGAUCCCCAGCUUCGACUCCCGCCUCUACAUGCUCUGCUUCCUGCCCUUCAUCAUCCUGCUGGUCCUGAUCCCCAACCUGAAAUUCCUGGCCCCCUUCUCGCUGCUGGCAAACGUGGCCAUGACCGCCAGUUUGGUCUUCAUCUACUACUACUCGCUGACGAACAUAACAUAUCCCAUCAACCUCCCCAAGGUUGGCCACGCCAAAGACUACCCUCUGUUUUUUGGGACGGCCAUCUUUGCCUUUGAAGGGAUCGGAGUGGUUCUCCCCCUGGAGAACAAAAUGCAGAGGCCUGAGAAGUUCUCUCAGGUUCUGUAUUUGGGGAUGGGCAUCGUGACCUUCCUCUACAUCAGCCUGGGGACCAUCGGGUACAUCUGCUUCGGACAGCACAUCGGCGGCAGCAUCACUCUCAACCUGCCCAACUGCUGGAUGUACCAGGCUGUCAAGCUGCUCUACUGUUUUGGGAUCUUCAUCACCUUUGCCCUGCAGUUCUACGUUCCCGCAGAAAUCAUCAUCCCUUCUGUCGUGGCUCGCUUGUCGGGGCGAUGGGAGACGGCGGUCAGCCUGGCGCUCCGUAUUCUCCUGGUCAUCUUCACAUGCGUUCUGGCCAUCCUGAUCCCAGAGCUGGACCUGGUCAUCUCGCUGGUGGGCUCGGUCAGCAGCAGCUUCCUGGCGCUCAUCUUCCCGCCCAUCCUGGAGCUCAUAGCCUUCCACUCGGAGGGCGUGUCUCCUCUGGUGACCGCCAAGAACGUUCUCAUCAGCGUGGUGGGCUUCGUGGGCUUCCUGGCAGGAACCUACAUCGCCGUGGAGCAGAUCAUCGCCCGGAACUCGCUGAAGCACGAGGAGACCCUCUCCAGCUUCCUGAUCCAGUGACGCACAGACUGACGGCAGGUGGGAGCGAACCAACCUCAGAUCGUUUUAGGGCGGGUCUUCGGUUUCCACCGUCUGAUCUGUCAGACACGCGUGUGUUUGGAUGUCAUGGUGUCCGGCGCCGUCUUUCAGCGGCGGCCCCGCUCCCAACCGUCCAGUCAUUUAGUGCAAUCCUGCUGUGCUGUCCGCUGCUGAGCCGUUCCUCCAUGUUGGAGGCGCUUCCUUCCACAGAUUUAAAGAGAUUCGAUCGGUUUUCACCGUCAUUCAACGCCAGAACCUAGAAAUCAGACUACCUCAGCCGACUCCCGCCCUAAGUUUGAACCGUCAACGCCGUUCUGCUCCUCCGUCAUCCACGGACUCCCAGCGUGUUGAAAAAACGUGGCACUUUGAUUUAAGCCUUAUGUGGUCAAACUGCACUAUUGUAGGCAACCCAUUUCACACACACACACACACACCCACACCCACACCCACACACACACACACACACACACCCACACACACACACACACACACACACCCACACCCACACACACACACACACACACACACUGCUAUAACCAAGCUUUUUCUGCUCUAAAACCACCAGGUACUUAGGUUUGAUGGGAUUUAUGCGUUUCAGUUUGGAGAGUCAAGUUUUAGUACAGUCUGUGUUUAACACGACGAAUGACAAGAAUUUGAAUCAUUUUUAAUAUUUUUAGCAUCAUGCAGGAAAAGAAACAACUCCGCCCCUUAUCUAAUGUCACCAUGACGACCUGACAGAGUUUGAGUCUGAAAAUGUUUCUGCUAAUUAACUCAUUUUUUGAGUCACUUUAGAAAAGCGUAAAGUGAAGUUCUACCGACAUUAAAGAACGUUCCAAAUGGAUGCCAUGACAUCGUCUUUGUGAAACUUUGCAGAUGAAUCUGAAUGUUUCCUGCAGAAACGUCUGCAGCAUCUGUGGACCCAUCAACAAACGCUUCUGUCACUUUCUCUCAAUUCAUUUCUGAAGUGUUUCCGCUUCGCCAAGCUGUUUUUAUUUUUUGACAGUGUUGGAUUUUAUUUUUUCAUGUCCUGUUUUAUUGUUAUGGUGACAGCGUGCGGGCCUCUGCCGCCGGCUCGCCGCUAACACUCGUACUAAUACGAACGCUUUCAUACCGCUUCAGUGCACAGCUGUUUGUGAGCUCACGUCUGUGCUGCAGUGUCCAACCGGUGCCGGCUUUACAUCAGAUGAUGUUGGUUUCACAGAGAAAUAAUAAUAAUACUAAAGGAAACAGCGAUUUCCCUGCAGGUGAACUGGUGGACUGAAAUGCUGGAGCCUUGUUUUCUGCCAAGUCAGAUGGUUUUCACUGCAGCACUUUUGUCAUUUAUUCAUUCCUUUUUCAGAAUAAAUAACAAAACAAACAUC